AUGCUUCCCGUCAAGGUGUCUUCCGAUCGUCUUUUAACAUCUUCCGCCACAACGCGAGACGCAGCCGAGGGUCCUCUGCAGGUCACAACUACGGGACUUCCUCUGAGGUGUAUAACUUCUGUUCGUGGUGGAACCGAACCCUCAGAGGAGGAGGUGGCAGAGUAUUGUGCACGAAUGAAGGAGCAACGACGAUUAGCUCAAGAGAGGCGGGAAGAGGAGGAGGCAGACACUGCUGCUGCUGUCGCCGACGCUAAAGAAACAGAUCAGCGGUAA